GCCAUCAAACAGCCAAAACAGACUCCGCAAGCCACAAGGAUGUCGGGCAAGGACACAAGUGCAAUGGCAGCACAGGUACAGGUGCAGGUGCCCAGGCGACGAUGGCCGCUCCUCAUCAUGCUGAUCUUCCUGGCCGCCGUCCAGGGCCAUGGCCAUGUCCAUCAGCUGCAGCAGGGCAGCCACAAGCUGUGCGGCCAGGCCCUGUCCGAUGCCAUGGACGUGGUCUGUGCCCACGGCUACAACACACUGCCGCAGAAGCGAAGCUCCGCACUGGACGAUGCCAUGGAUGCACCACCAUCCGAGUAUGCCCUGAGUCCGCUGCUGUCCAGCCUCUAUGGGGCAGAGGUGCUCAUCCAGACGCGACGUCACAGGAGACAGCGGUCAUCGGGUGGCGUCUACGAUGAGUGCUGUGUGUACUCUUGCCGCUACGAGGAGUUGGCCUCCUACUGCCUGCCCAAAUAGAGAGAGCCACACGCAAACACUCACACUCCCAUACAUACAUACAUACAGACAUACAUACAUACAGAUACACAU